AUGGCCAGCUCCGCGCAACCCGCCUCAGGCGCCUCCAGGGCCGUGGUGCUCCGCCUCGACGACCUGGCGCUGCCCCCGCGGUACCUCACCGUCCCGUCCCACCUCCCCGUCUCCGACCUCCUCGUCUCCCUCCCGCUCCCCUCCUCCUCGUACUACCUCACCGCCGACGGCCGCCCGCUGCCGGGCUCAUCCCCGGUGUCGGCGCUCCCGCCGUCCGCCUCCGUCCAGCUCCGCCUCCGCGCGCUCCGGGGCGGCGGAGGCGACGGCGGCGCCACGGGCGCCGAGUCCCGCGACUGCUACCUCUCCAUGUACCUCGCCAAGAAGCCCGACAAGGCGGACCCCAACGAGGCCCGCCUCUCGCGCUUCACCUGCUGCGCGCUCUCCGGGGAGCCCCUCGCCGCGCCCGCCGUCGCCGACCGCCUCGGCAACCUCUACAACAAGGAGCCGCUCGUCGAGGCGCUGCUCCACAAGCGCCUGCCCAAGGCGCUGUCCCACAUCCGGGGGCUACGCGACAUGAUCCCCAUCCACCUGCACCCCAGGCCGGACGCCGAGGCUGCCGGGGAGGAAGUCCGGUUCCAGUGCCCCAUCACCGGCCACGAGUUCAACGGGAAGUACCAGUUCCUCGCGCUCCGUGGGUGCGGCCACGUGCUCAGCGUCAAGGCGCUCAAGGAGGUCAAGUCGUCCGCAUGCUUGGUCUGCCACAAGGAGUUUGAUGAGGCCGACAAGAUGCCCAUCAACGGGACUGAAGAGGAGGUGGCCGUGCUGAGGAAGAGGAUGGAGGAGGAGAGGGGGAAGGUGAAGGAGAAGAAGGAGAAGAAGGUGGGGAAUGGCCUCAGUGGGAAUAAGCACGCUGCUGCUACUGUUGCGGCAGCGGCGGCAGGGGCUGACAAGUUAGAGAAUGGGAAGAAGGGUGAGGCGGCUUCAGCAAAGCGCUUCAAGGCUGCUGACCAUGCACCAGCCCAUGCCAAUAAGGAAGUGUAUGCGUCCAUAUUCACAUCGUCCAGGAAGUCGGAUUUCAAGGAGACAUACUCAUGCCGGUCGCUUCCAUUGGGAAGGAAUUGA